GCUCUCUUUCUCUCUCCUACAAACACAAGUCUCAAUGCUGCCUAUCUAUUCUCAUUCGUUGGCGCGUCCCAAGAGGGCUACUCACCUUUUGUUUCCAUUCUUGUUUUCUUCUUUCCCCUCCCUAUAUUUAUUUAUUAUUUUUACAUGUAUAUUACAUUGUUGAGACUAUGAGAGAGAAAAAAACACUGUAGAGAGAGAAAGUGAUACUCUUGCUUCGUGUACUCAAUACUCAUUUCCCAUAUUCACACACCAUCACAAGUUAUAGAGAAAGAGAAAGAGGGAGAGAGAGAGCAAUUCUGGGUUUAGAUUAUUAUUGAUUAUUAUCAUUAUUUACUGUCCUCUUCCAGCCCACCUUCCUCUCCAACCCCUCUCCUCCAAGUCUUCUAUUCUCUGUCCCAUUUCCUCUCUCUCUCCUCCCAAUCGCAUCGCAUCUCACCCACUCUUUCCCUUCUUCCCCUUUUGCCGGAUGACUUUUCUUGCGUUCUCUUUUAGAAGAAGCACGAACUCAGAACCAGAGCCAGAGCGAGUGCCGGAGUAGUUUUUGGAGAGAGAGAGAGAGAGAGCGAGGAAGACCGUUGUACUGCUCCUUUUGGCUUUCUUCUUCUUCAUCUGUUUCUUUUUUUUCCUCUUUUUAUGGGGAAAUAAGAACAAAAAAUUCCAUUAAAAAAAAAAAAUUUAACUUAAGCCAACGACCGAUUGAUAAAUCAAUCGAUCUUUGCCGAUCGUCGUCCUCCUGCGAUUGUCAGGAGUUUCGAGGAAAUUUGCUAUUUUUAUUUGAAGAAAUUUUCAGGCAAAAAUACGAACGGCGACCCUCGCUUAGGGUUUUCUCAGCGGUUGUGGUGCUUAUACAGUCUUGAAAAAGCUGAAGUCACUGGUCUCCAACCCACAGUAGGAAAAGUAAAGUAAGAAGUUCUGAAGAUGUUCGGAGUUUCGGUAGACAUCCUCUCUGCACCCAUGCCUUCUUUGUCUGCUAGCAGAAUGACAGGACCUUUGAAUUAUCUGGUCACAUGAUCUCAGGUCUGCCAGGGAGGUCCUAUAUGUAAUUCACUGCUUCUAUCUGAAUAUUCAAGGAGAAAACAAAUUGGCCCUAAUGCAAGGGCAAAGAAGCACCGUUGAUUCCCUCCCUGAAACUUUUGAAUUCGAACAUGGAUCUAAUUCAAGUAAUACUGGAGUAAAUCAGCAACUAUUUUGGAAUAAUAUGCUAAGUCCAGUAGAAAGCCGGUUGCCAGAAUAUAUAUUAUCACCUGGUGAAACAAGUAUUAUGGGAGGAAAUGCUGUUAAUCAUGAAAGUCGCAGCUUGAGUGGCUGGAGUUUAGGUGAUCCUAGUUCUAGUGGAGAUGCACGAAAUCAGAUGCGUGAUGAAACAAAAACAGAACAUGGAUGGUCAUCUUCCUUGAGUGCUCCUGCUGGAGUCGGUCCGAGGCUAGAAGAAAGGCAAUAUGAACCUUCUACCUUUCCUUCUAUGGAAAAUGUUAAUGUUAGCCUCGAUAGAAAUGAAGCUGCAAAUGGGACUUUUUUUUCAUAUAAUUCCAGCUCAGAUGGAAUUGCUCAGAACAUAAACCUAAAUGCAGGUUAUGUAGGAAGCAGUAGCAAUGGUGAUCAGGCCAUGGAAGCUGAUGUCAGUCCUAGUACUUCUAAGUCUGGUGGAUCAUAUACGGAGCAGCUUCCUUCUGGUAGUGGUUCUUCUGAUCCUCUUGGAACUGCUGUUGCAAGUUCUGGGUAUAUUUUAGAAGAGUCUGAUGGUAGACCAGGAUGUUCAUUGGAUGGUCGACGUUUAUCCUGUAAAAGAAAGGCUCUUGAAGGAGCUUCUGGACAGUCUUCCUUAGGUGGAGGUCCAAGCUGGUUCCAGCGAGCUGAAAGCAGUGCAUGGCAUGCUGUUCCUGCUCACAAUAAUGGUGCUAGCAGUUCAAGUAUACCUACUCCAGAUAAUUCUGUUAGUAUUAAUCCUACUGAGCAAUUGAAUCCAAGAUUUGGGGUUGGUAUGAGGGUAGCACCUGAAGGCCAUCCUGCUUUAAGUGUGGCUGGUAGUGGUGAAAACUCCCAGAGAAGUUUUCGUGUGAGAGUUAAUCGUGCUCAACCACAAGAUUCUGUACCACCGAAUCCGUUGUCAACAGGGAGUGCCAUACGGCGUUCUCAUGUUUGGUCAUCCCAUCAGGCUUCUAGACUUCUCCCAUUUAAUCAGUCUUCAGAAUCUAGGUCAUCAUCAUCAGCACAGGACAAUGCAAAUCCUCUCCAGAGUCAGUCCCAUGCAAUGCAUAUUCCUGGUUUGGCUCGGAAUGUGCACCCAUUUCCUUGGAAUGGAUCCCCAAAUUCCAGGGUUGGUAGUUCGUCAAGUUCUGCUGUCAGUGCUGGGGAGAGAAGUGCUGCCUUAAGAGAAGCUGCUAAUCAAAGAAACAUGACUAGGACCAUCUCUGAACAUCCAAUAUUUGGACCAGCAACUGAGAUGAGAAAUCUGGCUCAAGAUCCAUCAAAUUGGACUUUACCCAGUGGAAAUAUAAACAUUCUUGGACAUACUUCUUCUACAUCACGAAUUGGCUCCGGUUCCGGUGUCCAUCCAUCUCCUGCUCCUACCUGGAUACCUCACCAAAACCCCCCCUCAUUAUAUCCACAGAGAUUAUCAGAAUUUGCUCGACGCUCAUUAUUUCCACCUGUUGGCUCCGAGUCUGGAUCUCAGACCAGUACUUUCCCUGCACUCCGUUCAGGUCCUUCUGGUUCCUCCCAAGAGAUGGUGCUGCCUUCUGGAGUCAGUCUCCAGGGGCAUCAUCAGCCACAUCCAAGGUCAGCGUUCUGGACAGAGAGACAAGGUGAUGGUGUUCCUGGAGUUCCUUUUUCAUUGCGGACUUUAGCUGCUGCUGGUGAAGGGAGAAGCAGGCUGGUAUCUGAGAUUCGAAAUGUCUUGGACCUCAUGCGUAGGGGUGAAAGCUUGAGAUUCGAGGAUGUUCUGAUCCUUGACCAAUCAGUCUUUUAUGGGGGUGCAGACCUGCAAGACAGGCACAGAGACAUGCGGCUUGAUGUUGAUAACAUGUCUUAUGAGGAAUUAUUGGCACUGGAAGAACGGAUAGGAAAUGUCAGCACUGGUUUGAAUGAAGAAACAAUUUUGAAAUACCUGAAACAACGAAGGUAUUUGUCAAUCACCAUAGGAGUUCCUGCAGAGGUUGAACCAUGCUGCAUCUGUCAGGAGGAAUAUGUUGAUGGAGAAGAUAUGGGGACAUUGGAUUGCGGUCAUGACUUCCAUUCUGGCUGCAUUAAACAAUGGCUAAUGCACAAGAAUAUGUGCCCUAUUUGUAAAACGACUGCCUUGGUUACAUAGAAGACAAUUGAUUUCAGGCCUCACUUAUUCAACAUUAGAUAAAGAGGCUCUUGCUGAGUUAAUUCUGUGGCAUGCAACAUCGCAAGGAUUUUUCAGUCUGGCCAGCAGGGUUAUAUCUCCUGUUACGAAGGACAAGUAAAGAUCGCUGGGGGUCGAGAGGAAAGUUAGACCAAUAUCGCAAGGAGCAAAAUAUCAGUAUAUAUUGCUGGUUUGGUGGCUUUGAUGUUUUAAGAGUACCAAGAUCUCAUAUAAGGUUUGGGGAUGGAUUCAUGAGAUCUAGGAAGUGUAGAGGUAUUUAUUUGAGAACUGAACCGAUUUAUGUUUUAUGGUACUAGUUCGAAAGAAGCCUAAUGGGGUUUUGGGACUUAUUAUUAAGCCAUUGGCAAGGGUAACUGUAUCAAAAACUUGGCUCAGCAAAGGUGACAACCUUGAUAUCAUGCUCAUUACUAUUCAAACUGGUUGGCGAUGAAACCCAACUAACAUUUUACU